AUGGUGGUCAUGAUGAUGAAUUUUAGGGUUUAUUUGAUGAGAGUCAAUCUUGAUAACAACGUCGUUGAAUCAUCAUCAUCAUCAUCAUCAUCAUGUAUAAAACGUGAAGCUAAAGUUAUUAGCUUAGGCGACGAAGUUGAUGAUAUAUCUCAAGUCUUUCACUGCGACGGUUUAUUGUUAUGCAUCAGCAUCACCCAAGCCAAGACUAGGCUCGUGGUUUGGAACCCGUAUUGGGGGCAUACCCGGUCAAUCGAGCCCACACAUCAGUUCAACAAAUUCGACAGCUAUUCUUAUGCUCUCGGAUACGACAAGAGCAGCAAAUCCCACAAAAUCUUGAGGUGUAUUACUUGUUUGAGACCCCAUUUUCAUGAGUUCAUAAUCUACGAUUUUAACUCUAAUUCAUGGAGGGUUUUUCAUGUCACUCCAGACUGGCAAUUAGGGACUAUUAAUAGUGGCGUGUCUCUCAAGGGAAAUGCCUUCUGGGUUGCUGAAGAGAAGUAUUACGAAACAAGUGAAACAAACGAAGAGUUUUUCUUACUCUCUUUUGAUUUCACAAGAGAGACAUUUGGACCACUUUUGCCUCUUCCGUUUCAGUUUGUUGAAUCUGAAGAUGCUUUGAGUGUAUCCAAUGUUAGAGACGAGCAGCUUGCUGUUUUAUAUCAGCCGUGGGAUACAUUAAUGAUGGAGAUCUGGGUCACGUCUAAGAUUGAGCCCAACGCGGUGUCUUGGAACAGCAAGGUGUUCUUAUCAGUGAGUAUAAGAAAACUCAUUGGCCCUCAGUUUCAGUUUUGUUUGGGGAGUUUCUUCAUUGACGAGGAGAAGAAAGUCGCUGUUGUUUUUGAUAAAGGCUACAGAAUACAGCGCUACAUAGCUUACAUCAUUGGAGUGGAUGGAUCCAUGAAAGAAGUGGAUCUUGGAGAAUCAGACAGAAGGUGUUACCCAAUUGUGUGGUCUUAUGUUCCAAGUCUAGUGCAACUUAAUUAG